AUGUUUUUGAAAUUCUCAAUGAGUUGACAUCUGUCAAAUGCAGCGAUUUGUGUCCUAACCUCCAAAAUUCGGAGCGGUUUGUUUAUAAAAGUGUUCAUUUAUCGUAAAUAAUACUGAGAACAGGUCUUUUAACGCGGCAAAAUCCAUAGUAAAUACCGCUGAAUCGACACAAUGCUUCGCAACAUUAGUAAACAUAAUUUCACGGGCAUCAAUUCGAAAUUUUGUCUCACAAAUGGAUUUGCUCAAGUGAUGUAUAGGCCACCAAUGGAAAUAAAUGUCGUAAAAUUGAUGGGAACAAUCGAGCACAAAGUAAAACGACUCCGGAAUGGGGCGAUAAGACUAUUUCUGAAAACAUUAAAUGAGGAUACGAGCUAUUGUGUUCAUCGCGUAUCUAUUGCAAAUUCGAAUCUGCUGGCUAUGGUCGGAAAUCAAUUGGCUGUGAACAAACGGAUUUACAUCGGUGGCAGAAUGAAAACCGAAAAUGUUUACAUUGAAAAUCAAAUACAUCAGGAUGUUGAGGUCAUGGCAAACGAAUUAUUCUUUUUGGAACCAAAUCCAAAAGUCACCGUGGAAUCGAUGGAAAAAUUAGACGAAACUCGGCCAAUUCAACCGGAUCAAAAUAGCAUUGAAAUGCUGGCAUUCAUUGGCACUGAAGUGUAUAAUGAACGAAAUAUUUGUGCAUUCUCUCUGAACACACACUUUACGACACGCAGGAAAGGGAUGCAAGAUGAGUCAAUAUCAAGAGAUUUACACAGGGUGCUAAUUUAUAACGAUCCAGAAAUGCUUGAGAUAGGCCGCAAUCUACGCAAACACGAUCGAGUUUAUGUGAAUGGACUCAUAAAUUAUAUCACAAAAAAAUAUCCCGACGGGAAAGACUAUACGAACGGUCAUAUUCAACCAACAAAUCUAGUCAGAUUGAAAAAGUUCGAGUAAAACAAUCGGAAGCAAAUAAAUUGGAAAUGUUUGUUAUAGUA